GCAUUUUACACAAUACACAUUUAUAUAUAUUUGGCAGACAGUAAAGCAAUUUGAAUUUAAUCAUUAUAUUUGUUCCCUGAGAAACGAACUAAUUAUGUUUCAAAUAUAGUUUGUGCAAAAUUAUUAUUUAAAUUAAUAGUAUUAAACGUGCGACGGAAGAACUUCAUUUCCCAGAACUCCCUUUCACGCGCAUGCGCACGUGCGUCAGCAGCAUGGCUGCAGGGAGCAGUAUGGAGUGGCUGAAGAGUGUUAAAGGAGUGAUUUUGGACAUGUGUGGAGUUCUGUAUGAUAGUGGAGAGGGUGGAGGACAAGCGAUACACGGAUCUAUAGAAGCAGUGAAGCGGCUGAUGGAUUCCGGUCUGAUCGUGCGCUUCUGCACUAAUGAGACUCAGAACACCCGUGAGAAGUUCGUGCAGAAGCUGCGCGCGAUGGGCUUUGACAUCAGCGUCAGUCACGUGUUCUCGCCUGCGCCUGCGCUCGUGCGCAUCCUCAGAGAGAGACGCCUGCGGCCACACCUGCUGGUGCACGACGAUCUGAUGCCAGAGUUUGAUGACGUGGACACGAGUUCUCCAAACUGUGUUGUGAUUGGAGACGCGGCGGAUAAAUUCUCCUACCAGAACCUGAACGAAGCCUUCCGUGUUCUGAUUGGACUGGAGAAACCGCUGCUGUUCUCGCUGGGGCAAGGACGCUACUAUAAGGAGACGGAUGGUCUGAAGCUGGACGUGGGCGUUUUUAUGAAGGCACUUGAGUACGCCUGUGACGUCCAGGCCGAGGUGGUGGGAAAACCAUCGGCAGAUUUCUUCCAGACAGUCCUGAACGACAUGAGUCUGCAGCCGCACGAGGCUGUGAUGAUUGGUGAUGAUCUGCUCAAUGAUGUUGGUGGAGCUCAGAGCUGCGGGAUGAAGGGCAUUCAAGUCAGAACCGGCAAAUACAGGCCGAGCGACGAGAAGCACCCGAGCGUGAGAGCCGACGGAUACGUGGAUGACCUCGCCGCCGCCGCGGACGCCAUCCUGACAUCAUCACUGACCAAUCACUGAAGAGACGCUGGUGACCAAUGAAGAGCUGCUGAAUCAGAGAAACUGUGAACGCCAGACGCACACGAGCCGUCCAGCCGGGGCUAUUAUAGUUCAUGUUAUUUAACUAUAGCUCAUAUUCAUAUUUAACUUGAUGUACUAAAAUAACUAAAAUAAAUAAACUGUGAUUUUAAGACAA